AUGAAUACAAGAGAGAAAACAGUUUUCCAAGAAUUCCUGACACACCAGGGCACUGUGGCAAAGACCCACACACCCGGGUGUGCCAAGUCACACCACAUAUGGAUGGGGGAAGAAGCCAGAGCCCCUUACAGGGAAUUCCACAGCAUCUUUGGCCUCCCACACAGGGGCCCAGUGACUCCCCAAAACCUUCUCUUCUAUCAGCUGAGGAGCUUCUUGGGCAGAGUCCUCCAAAAAGGCCACGCUGUACAGUGCAGUACCCAAGGCAAGCACCCCGAGGCUGUGCUCUUUGAGGCGGGUGCUUACCUGGGUGCAGCCACAGCCGCCCGGGCAAGCAUCAGCUGCAUCACCCUCUACUCCAAUUUCUCACCCUGCGACGAGGCUCAGCACCGCUGCGUGAAGGAGAUGUUCAGCUUCCUGCUGAGGCCUCACAUCUCGCUCUGCAUCCACUUCUCUUCGCCCUGCCUCUGCAGGGACAGUACCCUCUGGCAGCGUGCCCUGCAGAGGGCACGGCCAUACCCGCUCUGUCCCUUUGUGUGCGGCACCAUGGGGGCAACCCCUCGUCACCCAGCUCUGCCAGCAGGUACACAAAACCAGCAUCAAAUUAACCUAACAGGAAUUAAAACAUAUUUUAGAACAGACUUUCCCCAGGGAAUGCAGGGGAACCCAGCUGGACAGCAGAAUUUGAAGGCUUUUUCCUCUCUCAGCCCGGCCUCCCAACAGCCUUUCCCAGCCAUGGAAGGCAGUCUGCUUCCUCUGGUGUCUCCAAGCCAAGGAGGGCUUUUCCCAGGUGCCUUUCUCCCCUUUCAGAGGGAACAGCUAUACCCGAGACCCAGAAAUAUUGUAAGGUAUUUUAAAAUGCCAAAGGAAUAA